UGGCUAACUAGCGAUUAUAUAUCCCCUUGUGCUCCCACACGUCGCUCCACACUAGCACGGCUACUCAUCUCCACCAUCUCGUCUCGCCACUACCACUACCACAUCGUCUCUGCUCUGCUCCACCACCACUACGCCGCCCACUCGACGGCAAUGGCCGCCGCUCACUGACUGACGGCCCCCACCGGCCAUGCCGGACGACGCGUCCUACCUCCUCUGCGCCGAGGACGCAGCCGGCGCCGCCUUCUUCCUCGACGCCGGCGCCAGCACCUGCACCACCGCCGAGAACGACGGGUACUGGUGCUCCGGCGCCGCCGAUGACGAGAAGGAGUCCGCGGCGGCGGCCUCCUUCAUCGCCGAGCUCAUCGGCGGCGAGGCCGACUACUCGCCCCGGUCCGACUACCCCGACCAGCUCCGGUCACGCUCCGUCGACCCCGCCGCCCGGGCCGACUCAGUUGCAUGGAUUCUCAAGGUGCAAGUAAGCUAUGGAUUCCUUCCCUUGACGGCCUACCUCGCCGUAAACUACAUGGACCGGUUCCUCUCCCUGCAUCGGCUGCCGCAGGAGGAUGGAUGGGCAAUGCAGCUGCUAGCUGUGACCUGCCUAUCCUUGGCUGCCAAGAUGGAGGAGACCCUAGUGCCCUCCCUCCUAGACCUACAGGCAAUUACAUUACUACUUCUAUCCACUGCAGAGAGCACAAGAUAUAUCUUCGAGCCACAAACAAUCCUUCGAAUGGAGCUUCUCAUAUUGACAGCACUCAACUGGAGGCUCCGAUCGGUCACGCCUUUCACAUUCAUCGACUUCUUUGCUUGCAAAGUUGAUCCGAGAGGGAAGCACACGAGAUACCUGAUUGCCCGAGCUACACAAAUUAUUUUAGCUGCAUUACAUGACAUCAAGUUCUUGGAUCACUGCCCGUCGACAAUGGCUGCCGCUGCAGUGUUGUGCGCCACCGGUGAGACGCCGACCCUCCCAUUCGUCAACCCUAGUCUUGCAGUCAAUUGGUGCAUUGGCCUAGCAGAGGAAGGGGUCAGCAGCUGCUACAAACUAAUGCAGCCGCUGUUGAGUGGCAAGAGGGCAAACACAGCAGAAGCAGUUAACCUGUGCUCAGAUGAGACCCCGUUCUCUAAUUCCUCCUCCUGCACCACCCCUCCCCCACCCAAGAGGAGGAAGAGGUCACCACCAGUCACAUGAAAAGAAUGCAAAUAGAUAAGCAUCAUUUAAAUGUUUUUUUUUUGGAAAAUUAACAGGGUUUGAUUUCUUCCUGUUGUUGUGUUGCUGUGAUUCUUUUUCCCAUUUGUUCUCUUCUUUUGGGAUUCUUUCUUUUUCACUUUGGUGGGGUCUGUCCUUGCUUGGCCCUGUUGUUGAUCUAUGCCAUCAUGGCAGCCUCUGCAUUGCCAGUCUGUGAAGGAUGAGAGAAAUACUAUCAGACAAAGAUGGACACAUUUGUGUUUUUCUGUGCUACACACCCUGUGGGUCUUCACCCCAAUGCAGAAUUGCAGAGGAUACAUUGAUUAGAUGGUGAGGGAAGCCAUGGCUGGCACUGGCAGAGGAAGAAAAGUAAAAGGAUGGCAUGCAUUGUAUAUUUCCAUUGCAUUGCAUGGAGAUGGAGGGGUGAAAUGGUGUAGAGGGUUAAAGGUUAAAUGAAGGUGGUCAAGGAAUGGUCAGAGCUACUUCCAAGAUGUAGUAGGCCUUCUCCCUGCCAAGCUCUGUUCAUAUUCAUGGAGAAAUUUGUUUGUUUCCGAGUGGUUUGUUUGUAUUUUAUUGUUGUUACUGAAGAGAGAGAGAGAGAGAGAGAGAGAGAGAGAGAGAGAGAGAGAGCGGGGGAAGGGGGCAUGAUGUACUGGGAGGCACAUGCAUGCCCUAGCGUGAUGCUCUGGAGUGAAAUAUUUGUCCAUCUCCAGGGCUCCAGGCUAACAGUAUCCAAGCAUGAGGCUUUUGGGGGCCCUUGCUAUUUGUCCCCAUUUGUACUUUUUUUUUCCAUCAUCAAUAAAAGAUGUUGCCCUUUAUGUUAUCUUAAAA